GUUAGAGGCAGGACAAAAGAAGUUAUAUAGUUCGCUUAUAUACAUAUAUUUUAAUGUUUUAGAAAAGCGUGAUGGUGGGGGAGAAACAAUAGCGGUGGAUGGACUUGACAGUGUAGUUAUGGAGCCCCCUUUGAGCAAGAGGAAUCCGGCGAUAAGAUUAGCGGAUUUGGCAGCGACUCAACCUCUUCCUCAUCAGAAUAUGACAGGCUUCCCGGGGCUAGGGGUGCAUCACCCUCACUCCCACCAUGCCCACCACCACCCUGGGGAGAUGGGCAACGACCCCGGAGUGGCACUCACUCCAUUUGGACCCGAGCACAUGGCACAGACAAACGCUCUCAAACUUAGCCCCUCUCAGCACAUUCAGAGCCAUCACGAAGCCCAGACCGCUGCAACGGCAGCAUCCUUCACUUCUGCUCAGACCACAGUAGGUUUCCCCGUGGCUCCUCACCCCCACUCAGGCUACUCUAGCAGCAGGGACUACAUCCUCAGGAGAGAACUCUCAGCCUCGGCUAUGCAUGCACUUGGCGACCAGCAUAGUUCCGCCUCCUCCCCUCAUCACCAUGGCAUGUUCAUCGCACCAACAGGUGCUUAUGGGCACGCCGAGACUGGUGCCCAUCCACUUUUCUCUGGACUCCACGACCAAGCGGCCCCAGGUGCCCACCACCACCACCACCACCAUGCCCUCAACGGGCAGAUGCGUCUUGGUCUACCGGGGGACAUCUACGGCAGGCCAGAGCACUUUGGCCACAGGCCCGAGCACUAUGGACCCUCUUCUAUCCACAGCUACAACUCCAUGAACCUCAAUGUGAACAUCGCUUCCGCUCCUCACGGAGCCGCGGGGGCAUUUCUGAGAUACAUGAGGCAGCCCAUCAAGCAAGAGUUAAUCUGCAAAUGGAUUGAACAGGAUGAAACUUCAAAGAAGCCCUGCUCCAAAACGUACAGCACCAUGCACGAGCUGGUCAACCAUGUCACGGUGGAGCACGUCGGGGGACCGGAGCAAGCCAGUCAUGUCUGCUUCUGGGAGGAAUGUCCGCGGGAGGGGAAAGCUUUUAAGGCGAAAUACAAACUGAUAAACCACAUCCGAGUUCACACGGGAGAGAAACCAUUCCCUUGCCCUUUCCCCGGCUGCGGAAAAGUUUUCGCUCGCUCGGAAAAUCUAAAGAUUCACAAAAGGACACACACAGGGGAGAAGCCUUUCAAGUGCGAGUUUGAUGGCUGCGACAGGAAAUUCGCCAACAGCAGCGACCGGAAGAAGCACUCACACGUCCACACGAGUGACAAGCCUUACUACUGCAAAGUCAGAGGCUGUGACAAGUCCUACACGCACCCCAGCUCGCUGCGAAAGCACAUGAAAGUCCACUGCAAGUCGCCCCCGCCCCCUUCUGUCAACGCUUCAUACCAUUCCUCUACGAACCCUCUUGGCGCGCCCAUUUCGCCCGCUUCCGAACCGCACAGGAACCGGUCCGCGAACCUCUCGCCUCAGGUUACCAACCUCAAUGAGUGGUACGUGUGCCAGGGGAGCGGGGGACCCAACCAUCUCCACACCCCCUCCAGCGAUGUGCCAACUUCGGACUCGGAGGAAGAGGACUCUUUCAGAAAUUCAGACGCGAGGACAAUGCUCUAAUGUUUACAAACAUAACAAAUUGCGUUUAUUCCCCCAAAUUAUCUCCCAACUGGUUAGAAGUGUAGUAAGAACUACCUGCAUGGGGACUGUACUGACUGUAA